CAAGCAAUCUUUCUCUUUCUCUUUCUCAAUUAUAUUGUAAACACUUGUUGUCUAAAAUGCUAGGAUUAGGCUGUGGAAGAAGAAAUGAAUCCUCAAGGAAGAGGGGGAAGAAGAAUAAUUCGAAGAGACCAAAGCAACCACAAAGAGGACUUGGUGUGGCUCGGUUGGAGAAGAUCAUAUUGCAGAAUCAAAUGAGAGGAAGUUAUAUUAAUCUGAUCCACAAGGAUUCUGGUAGCAGACUGCAAACGGAACAUCCUUCAUCUUCCUCUUCUGCAACUUCAUCAUCUUCGACAUUUGAUCCUUAUUCUAGUGUCAUGAUUGGGUUUGGAGACAACGCAGAGAUGAGCAUAACAUAUGAUGCAUUCCAUUCACUUUGCUUUCUCGAUCACGCGGUGCAGCCAACGCUAUCUCUCUUCGAACAGACCACACAGAUCAAUGAAGGCUCCAUUUCGACCAGCCAUAACUCCUGUGAUCUGCAAGAAAUUGAUUUGGAGCUUAGAUUAUGACUCGAAUUGUUCCAGUCCGGUACUGGUCAUGUUUCAUUACAGUCAAGCCUGGAAAAUAGUUCAUUAAACAUUGAACAAUGAUUAAAGAGAUUAUGUGCUUAUUUUAUAUUCGUUUUUCAAGCACAGAAGAUACCUCUCACCUCUGUAUCCUAUGAUCUAUUGAUUGCUAGCUCUAAAAAUAAAAAUUAGUUAGAAA